ACGUAUAAGUUUUGGCGCGUUAUUUUUUCACAUGCGGAUAUAAGAAAUAGCUGCUCAACAAUAAUAACGCGGCUUUUUUACAUUGUCUGCUUUUAAUAUUGUAAAUGAUAAGAUUUUAGUUAACUGAUAAGAAAUCCUAAUAGUUAUAUAGCUCCUACUAAGUAGAUUUAAAAAUGGCUGUAAAACCAAGUGAUUGGACUGUUGAUUAUUUUUUGACCAAUGAGGCUGAAUGCUUACGAAUUUUAGAGGACGUAGUUGCACUGCGAGAGAUUCCUUCACUUGAGAGUGCACCAUUGGAUUAUUUUAAAGAUGGGCAACUUGUUCGGUUCCAGGGAAUGCUUCAGGACAUGUAUGAUCCUGAAUAUUACUUCAAGAGUUAUCAAGUUGUUGAUACAGCUACAGGUGAAAACAGUUCUAGAUGUGGCAUGUAUUUAGAUGGUGCACGAUGUCAGCCUCAUGAACAUGUAUUAGUCAAUUCGAAUAGUAAUGAAACUGCAGAAAGACAAACUUGGAUUGUAAUUUCCAUACCAGGAUUAAAUGAUUGGGCUAAAGAAAGUUCUUCUAUUCCAAAAGAUCAAAUGGUAACACCUGCAGAGUCAAAUAUGAAGGAACGCAGUAAAAGGUCAUUGGAUGAAACACACGAUGAGCCAAUGGAUUGUUCAGAACCAGUUAAGAAAAAAGAAAAAGUUGUCACAAAUGAUUGUGAUGCUGGUCCAUCUCAAUCACAAAACUCAGAAACUCCUAGAAUAGUUUCUCAAGAUCACAUUUUAAACUUUCCAAUACCAAACAAAAAUGGAAAAGCUUGUAUUAUAAAAGUUUAUAAAGAAUAUCCAGUAAAAUUAAAUGAAGUAAUUGAUAUUGUUGGCUUCAUCUCCCUGGAUCCAAAUUUAAGUGAAAUUCACGAUUCAGAAGAAAUGGCUAAUGAUCCUGAGUGUCAAACACAUCAUCCUCCAGCCUCAAUAGUUCCUAGACUACAUGCAAUUAAAAUCUUGAAAGAAAAUAAUCCUCGUAUUCCUGAAGCAAGCAGUAUAUUUUCAAAAGCAGCAAGUGUGAGAGAUGAUCUACGAAUGGUAUUGAGUCAAUUACUUUUUGGAGAUGAAAUAGCAGCUGACUAUAUGAUUUGUCAUUUGAUUUCUUCAGUGUAUCUAAGAAAGGAUUGUUUGAGUUUGGGAGUUUAUCCUCUGAAUAUUACGAAUUUUCCAAAAAAGUAUGCAAGCUUUACAAAAGACUUAUAUGAAAUUUUGAAACAAAUUAUAGCAAAAAGUCAUUUAUUGGAUAUUACACUGGAAAAUCUUAAUGAUUUGAAUUUAGUGCCAAAAAAAGAUUAUGAGUGUAACAGAUUAACAAGCGGUGUUUUGCAGCUCAGUAAGAAUACUCAUUUAGUACUUGAUGAAACUAAUUUGACCACUGGUGAAGUUUCAACAUUCGGAAGACAAAAUUAUGGCGUCAUUACAGAUCUGAUUCAGUUCCAAAAAUUAGCAUAUGAUUUUAAAUUUUAUACCAUGGAAUAUGAAACAGAUAUACCUGUUUUGAUUUUGUCAGAAUUUAAAUCUUUCAUACCUUGUCCAAACCGAGUUGUUUUAAGACCUGAUCCAGAAACAGUUAACGUGUACCCUCAAGUUCUUGAAGCUGCCAAACAGUUUUUGAAAGAUGAGACAAGAUUAAACGAUAUUCGGCAGUACGUAAACUCACUCAAGAAUGCAAAAUUUGAUUUUGCUAAGGAAACUGCAAAGGUAAUUCAAGAUGAUUUUGUGAGAUUAAGGCAAGCGGAUAAAAGCUUCUCAGCUGAUAAUUUACAUUCCCUGAUGGUGCUUUCGAGAUUGAUGUCUCUGUCGCAUGGGUUGAAUUCGCUAGAACCUGAAAUGUGGAAGAGAAGUUUAGAAAUGGAAAUGGAGAGGAUAAGUAGAUUACCGAAACGUAAUUAGGUUUAUGAUGUAAAUAAGUACGUAAUGUAUAUUUAUUAACUAUGUUGAAUACUUUAUUUUUUUUUUGAUAAACUUUUUAAUACAAUCA